AUGGACACUGCUAUGGAAGUCCACCUGGGUGCCGCUGGCCACGGGCCCCGCACAGAGCUCGACGAUGAGGACUACCCCCAGGGUGGCUGGGACACGGUCUUCCUGGUGGCCCUCCUGCUCCUGGGGCUGCCAGCCAACGGGCUCAUGGCAUGGCUGGCCGGCUCGCAGGCCCGGCAGGGAGCGGGCACGCGGCUCGCCCUGCUCCUGCUCAGCCUGGCCCUCUCUGACUUUUUGUUCCUGGCGGCAGCCGCCUUCCAGAUCCUGGAGAUCCAGCAUGGAGGGCACUGGCCACUGGGGACGGCCGCCUGCCGCUUCUACUACUUCCUGUGGGGUGUGUCCUACUCCUCCGGCCUCUUCCUGCUGACAGCCCUCAGUCUGGACCGCUGCCUGCUUGCACUGUGCCCUCGCUGGUACCCCGGGCACCGCCCAGCCCGCCUGCCCCUCUGGGUCUGUGCCGGGGUCUGGGUGCUGGCCACCCUCUUCAGUGCGCCCUGGCUGGUCUUCCCCGAGGCCGCCGUCUGGUGGUACGAUCUGGUCAUCUGCCUGGAUUUCUGGGACAGUGAGGAGCUGCCGCUGCGGAUGCUCGAGAUCCUGGGGGGGUUCCUGCCUUUCCUCCUGCUGCUCAUCUGCCACGUGCUCACCCAGGCUGCCACCUGCAGAACCUGCCGCCGCCAGCCCGGGUCCACGGCCUGCCGAGGCUUUGCCCGCGUGGCCAAGACCAUCUUAUCAGCCUAUGUGGUCCUGAGGCUGCCCUACCAGCUGGCACAGCUGCUGUACCUGGCCUUCCUGUGGGACAUCUACCCCGGCUACCUGCUCUGGGAGGCCCUGGUCUACUCUGACUACCUGAUCCUGCUCGACAGCUGCCUCAGUCCCUUCCUCUGCCUCCUGGCCAGUGCCGACCUCCGGGCUCUGCUGCACACCGUGCUCUCCUCCUUCGCCGCAGCUCUCUGUGAGGAGCGGCCGGGCAGCUUCACUCCAGCUGAGCCGCAGACCCAAGCGGACUCCAGGGGUCAGACUCUACCAGGGCCAGUGGCUGAGGCCCAGCCGCAGGUGAACCCCACAGCCCGGCCGCUGUUGGAGUCCGUGGCCCAGCCACAGUCAGACUCUCUGGUCCAGCCUCAGCUGAACCCCGGGGCCCAGCCCCAGGAGAACCACGGGGCCCAGCGCCAGCUGGAUGCUGGGGCCCAGCCACAGGCAAGCCCUGAGGCCCAGCCCCCUGGACCCCCGGCCAGCUCAGCCCCCAGCCCCUGUGACGAAGCCUCCUCUGCCCCCUCCACGGAUUCCACCCCAGAGGCCCCUGUGAACCCGGCCGAACCUGCUGCCUCCGAGGGAGAAAGCCCCAGCAGCACCCCCCAAGAGGAGGCCCCGGGUGCAGGCCCCACGUGA